AUGGCGAGGGCUGCCGUUCGAUUAAAUGUCUACGAUAUGUAUUGGUUGAACGAAUACGCGUCGAACGUUGGUGUCGGGAUUUUCCACUCUGGAAUCGAGGUCUAUGGAGUUGAAUACGCCUAUGGCGGUCAUCCCUUCACAUUCUCAGGUGUCUUCGAGAAUCAGCCCCAGGAUGCAGAGGAAUUGGGAGAGAAUUUCAAGUUUCGAGAAUCGAUUAUCAUCGGCGAAACAGAUUUCUCCCCAGUCGAAGUGCGAACCUUAAUCAAGGAGAUUGGCAAGGAGUACAGGGGUGACAAAUAUCAUCUGAUCUCGCGCAAUUGCAACCACUUUUCCGCUUCUUUUGCUAAGGAAUUGACGGGUAAAGAGAUUCCGGGUUGGAUCAAUCGUCUGGCGGCCAUUUCCGGAUCUAUCCCCUUCCUCGAGCGGAUGUUGCCACAAGAAUGGUUGACCCCGGUGGCACUUCAGCAGAGCUUGGACGAGCAGCGAAGGAAAGAGGUUGUCGAGAACGCGGUGGAAGCUACAGAGGCAUCGAUUCGCCGGCAGUUGAAUGAUUCAAAGACUACGAUGUUGAACGGGUAUGCCGGGAGGGGGACCGAUUCUUCGGGAAGUUCAUCCACCUCUGACGCUUCCUCAUCUCCCUCACUCUCUCGCUGGUGGAACCAGCUGAAAAGCUCCAUGACUUCCGGAAUGGCCGUCGGACAAGAAGCCACCACCCCACGAUUA